CCUAGUAGGAAAGGUUUUUACAUAGCAAUGCCGGUGACAUUUUGACAUUUGUUCAGUGAAUCGCUGCAAACGUUCACACAGUUGCGCUCACCAGUUUGACUAUUUGACGUUUUGUUUGAAAACGUUUAGGAAAGAUGAACACCGUUUUGUCGAGAGCGAACUCCCUUUUCGCCUUUUCUCUCAGCGUCAUGGCAGCUUUAACAUUUGGAUGUUUCAUCACCACGGCGUUUAAAGACAGAACAGUUCCUGUGGACGUCCGGGUUUCCAAAGUCAUGCUGAAGAAUGUUGAUGACUUCACUGGACCCAGAGAGCGCAGUGAUCUGGGUUUCAUCACUUUUGACCUCUCAGCUGAUUUGCAGCCUAUUUUUGACUGGAACGUUAAACAGCUCUUUCUGUAUUUGUCAGCGGAGUACACAACAAAAAGCAAUUCUCUGAAUCAGGUUGUACUCUGGGAUAAGAUUGUCCUUCGGGGUGAAAACAACAAACUGAACCUCAAAGACACCAAGUCAAAGUACUUCUUCUUCGAUGAUGGAAACGGGCUGAGGGCCAACAAGAACAUCACUCUGACGCUGUCCUGGAAUGUCGUUCCCAACGCUGGAAUACUGCCGCUUGUAGUUGGAAGUGGAUAUGUCAGUCUUCCCUUUCCAGAUAAAUAUGAGAUGACCAAGAGCUAUUAGAAGCAAGGAAAAUACCUUAUUCACUCCCAGGCUUUGUAUAAUGACAGGCAUACUGGUAAUGCAUUUUUUACCUCUCACACACUCAUGAAUGAUGCUGGCUUUGGUGUUGGACUUAUUACCAAAACAAGAUAAUAUUAAUACAAAACUCAUAAAAUAUUGCCUUGAAUUGAAGUGGAAUACAGGAUGUGUGUAUUUGAUUAGGUAUUUGAUGCAGGUUUUUCUCUGCUCACAAAAAAGGAGACACUCAGCAAGUUUUCAAUGUUUAGUUAUGAAAGUAUCCAGCUUAAUUUCCUCACACAGUUGUUUGUGUUUACAACUAAAGCACAGGCAGGAGGCCAUCUUUUUACUUGGAGCAUUAUGAGACAUCUUUUUAAACUUAAAGUUAUCAUGUUACAAACAAUGUCAAUACAAGUGAAGGAAAAGAAGAAUUACCUUUUAGAUAAGAAUGUUGUUUUCAAAAACUUCUGAAUUGCGUUUAUUUUAUUAAACUGAAAACUGCCUGUGGUCUUAUGUUACGUUCUUGUGAGCUGAGCAAAAACAAUCAGAAACUUUUUUCACAUUUGAAAUACAUAUUCUCAUUCAUUUUAUUCCAAAGCCGUUGAAUCGAUCGCAAUUGAACUGUUCAGAUUGUCUUAGAACGGUGGAUCUCAAACUUAUUUUACCAAGUACCACCUCAGAAAAGACUUGGCUCUCCAAGUACCACCAUUAUGAACAACAUUAAAAUGCAGUAGCAUAGUAGGCCUGAAUAUUCAUUAAAAAACAAGUUUUAUUUAACAACAAUAUAGUUAUUAUUUUGGGCCAAAUUUUGGCUUUUGGAGUACCACUAGAUCAGGAAUGUCCAACGUUUUCAUUGAGGGGCCACGUCGCAGUUAUGGCUGCCAUCAGAGGGCCGCUUGUAACAGCGAAUAAUGUAUGAACUUGCCUCUGGAUUUAAUUAUUAAUUAUAUAUACUGUUAAGUAGACUGUCGAUUUUACUGUAAAAUAUUUUUGUAUUUUUUUACAACAUUUUUACUGUAAAUGGAAAAACAGUACCACUGUUUUUUUUGGGGCGGGGGUUACGGAAAAAGCUGGCAGCUUAGUUGACAGAAUUUUAGUGUUAAAUUUGCAUUGGUUUUUACAACAUUAUAUUGUUAAUGUAAAAACAGUACAAGUAUUUUUUUUAUUCUGCUGCCAGUUUUUCUACCGUAAAAACAAAUGUACCGUCUUUCCAUUUCCAAUAAUACACUGUUAAAAACAACAAUUGUAGAUUUUACAGUCAAAAACUGGCAGCUCAAUUAACAGAAUUUUAACGCAAAAAACAGUAGUAGUUUUUUUCAAUUUACAGUAAUAUACUGUAAAGAACAAAGUAAAAUGUAUUGUAAUUUGUAUUAAUUUGAUGGGUAGUGUGCUGUUAAGUAUUUUUA